AUUGAGGCUGCCGAACCGUUUCACGGAACAGUGGAACUAAAUGGAACCAACUUUCGGGGCACCUUUAGGCACAGUUGCCUACAGAACAGGGGCCCAUGCUACGUGGUGAUCAAGGACCGCCUUCUCGACGCGGGCCAGCACCAAGUCUGUGCGAAAGCUGUAGCACGCAACGGUCAAUCCGCCAUCAGUUGCCUGCCCGUCAGCAUUGCUGAACAACAAGGCAAACUGCAGCUCUAUGUGGAUGGCAGCGGUGCUCCCCUAAAUGGCCGGACCAUUCUACGCACUCGUCCCAUCUCCGGUGACUACGAUCCUCGCCUCUCCUAUUCUCUGUAUUUCGGGGAUGGCAGCCCUCCUGUUACGGGAUCCAACUUGGAUGCCAUGACCCUGUUUGCGCACAACUACACUACGGAGGGCAAGUUCACUGCCUCCAUGCAAUUCGACAACGGCCAACACUUGACCUGUGUGGUGGCAGUCGCGCACCCGAUCGAAGAGUUCCGCGUCCUCUUUCCAAACGGACCUGUAGCAGUGGCGAGAAAGUCUAUCAACGCAACAGUGAGGCUGAUUAGCUCCGGUCCGGUGUCAAUCGAAGUCGGCGGCGAGCAUCAGUGGUUUACACUCGUUCCUCCUGCUGAAGGCGUCUACCACGCCAAUGUCACGGCCUACAACUUGGGAUUCGCCAUCACAAUUCCCGUAACAUACCAAGGCCAGUUGGAUCAGUUCGACAUUCGAAUUCACCUACAGCAGCGCAACUCAUCCACUACGCCUCGUAUAGUGGGAGCUGUUGAGUUUCCAAACUACUCGGGUUCGCGACCAGUACCAUUGGGAUUUCGCUUAAAUGCAAUGUGCGUUCCUGUCAAGGGCGCUCCUCCAGUCGCACAAGUCAUCCACGUGCACGAGAAGGAAAAGACAUUCAACUUCACUUUACCACCACUGGGCCAGUUUGAGUGCACUUUUACGGGCCAAAAUGAUGUGUGGACGACGCGGCCUCAGAACCACGCUGUGAAUGUCACGAUUCCACUCAUUCUUGGUGGAAUCGGUAUUUUCGCAAGGGAGGGUGCGCAAAUUGUCACUGGAUGUGGGCCACACUACAACGCCUUUGAGCAGGGCACUUCAAUCACACUCAGUGUGGACAUUAUUCAGGGCGACACGGAGAAGGUUCAGUGGCACCUCACUAAGUUGGGCAACUUGAGAGUGCAUUUCGAGAGGGUGGAGAGAGACGCCAAAACCAUAAUUUUCCAGCCUCUAGAUGUAAGUAGUGCAUCUACCGAGUCGCCAGUUAAUGCCUCGCUCUAG